ACUUUGAAGCUUUUUUAUUCUUAUUCUAAUGAAUUGAAAUUGGAAUUAAGUAGCCAUCGCUGCUAAGGAUGCUACUUGACUUGAGAGGUUAGCCUGCUGGCUGUUGAUUGAGACAAGAACAAACAUGGCGACCUCUUCCUCCUCUAUGGGUCAUUGUCUUGUUGGAACACCCAACUGCGCCCAAGACCCAACCUCUGAUGAUUUUAGAUUGUCCAGAAGAAUUUGAAGGCACGUUUGAGAUGAUGCCAUAGCUCCUUUUGCUGCCGUGGUUCCGCUGAACCAACCGGGAUCCGCAGACCAUUCAGAAGGUUCCAUCGACUUUCAAAGCACCGCCAUGGACUUUUUCGACGACCCCAACCUCUUUGGUGGGGGUCUGGAAGGGGUGGACGUCGACUGCUUCACCCCGGCGCCGUCGUUCGCGGACGAGCUCAAUCUCAGCACUGACUUUGAGCCCAUCCAAGUAUCAGAGUCUCUUGGCUCGGGGAAAAGUCAGGACAUGAUGCUCCCAGCGUCCUCCACGUCCACCCAACAAGCCAUGUCAUCUUACAGUCAGCAGUUGGGUCACUACAUUGGAAAUAAGGCGCAGAAUCUUGUUGGCCAGGCAUUUCCAGGUCUUGUAGGUGCAGGUAGCGGAGGUGAUGGCAUAGUUGUAGAGCAACAGGGCCAGUACCGUAACGCCGCUGUGACCCAAGUACCUCAAUCCAAUGGGCUGUUCUUUAACAGUAGCAGCCCAAUGUGGGGCAACCAGGACCAGAAUGGGAACAUGUACCAUCCUGUGUCGCAACAGCAGCUUUGUCAUCAGCAGCAGCAGCAGCAGCAGCAGCGACUGCACAACCAGCAGCUUCACGUCAGACAGCAACAAACACAUCAUCCACAGCACCACAGAAUGCGCCAGCAGCUGCUGCAACAGCAAAGUCACCGGCAACAGCCGUUAAACCAGCGCCAUCACCAACAAAUUAACGCGCAGGCCAUCCCCCUGGAGCACCAUCACGGUUUCUCCUUCCACCAGGAGAGUCAGCCUCAAAGCCAGCAGCAGCGAGUUCACCAGAGUCCGCAACAGAUCCAACACCACCUGACUGCAGGAGGAGCAAGAUUUCAUUCGGGUGUGCUGACAAGUAAGUCUUAUGUGGAUGGUCAAAAUGACCCUCUGCAAGACACCGUGUCUUGCUUGCAACAGUGCGGCUACCAAAUGGGAGCUCAAGACUUUGGCAGAGCUGUAAUGACCAACAAUAACCCACCCAUGGAUGCGUCAUCCAUUGUCCACUCACUGCCCACGUACUCUGUGAGUUCUGCCGCCACUUACCAACCGGCUCAGUACCCUGCCUACCCUGGCGAACCAGAAAUGGCCAGUCUCAGUCAGCCGUCUAUGUCCUCAGCCUCAGUGGCUGCGAGACCCGCCACCACCGCCGCUCCCCUCGCCGCGGCUCUGCCCGAGCUCCCGGGGGCAGCAUGUCAGUUUCCGUCUGCGUCAGUUAUAGGCCAGCAACAUGCUAGGACCCCAGUUAGCCAGGCAGAGGAGUGUCCUUUCCGGGCUCUACGCUGUUCUGCAGAGACGCCAGGAAACAACAGGUCGUCUGAGAUUUUCGGGGAAUCAAUGAGCUGCUACUCGAGCACGACCCGCCAGAUGCCCUCUGAGCAGCCGCGAAGCUGCGGGGCCGCCAACACUAACGGAUACCCGUCCCUCGGAGACAAUCUACUGGCAUCCGAGGCUCAGGAUGUACAUUUGGGAGGGGUUCUGGAGCCCCCUGACCUCCUGCCUGAAUUACUGCCCCAGCUGGAGGCCGCCAUCAGCCAGCAGGAUCAAUCCAACACCUCCUGGGUAGAUUCGAACCAGGCGUGGGGUCCGGAGCACAGGACACCGCUACCUGUUAAGCAAAGAGAGGAGGUAAUGUAUAUUUGUAUUACUUCUAAAUAAUUGUGGCAUAGUGGUCUUUAGAACAAAUCUCUGGAGUUCGCAGGUUCUGUUUUAUUUUCUGUGGGUGCUCUGGCAUCCUCCUGUGGUCAUUGGAAACUAAGGUGUCAAUAGGUUUGAAUGUGAAUGUAAAUGGUUAAUUGUCUAUAUUUGCGCUGGGAUUGACUGGUGUCCAGCCCAGGGUGUACCCAGCCUCUCGCCCAAAGUCAACUCGGAUAGGCCCCAGUCUACUUGGGACCAGAAUGAGACCAAGCGAAAAAAGCAAAGGAUAGUUGAGGGAUUUGUGUUGUAUAGUGUGAGACGGUUCAAGUUGAAAUCUGUUGAAUCUGGUCCCUUAUGCCGCGAUCAAAGAUGGUUGCAAUGGCAUAACUCUAGCAAGUAAACAUCAAAAGAACAUUUCUGUUUCUUGCCAGUGUAUAAUGGCACUGAAUCUGACCCGUCGUGUAAUGUUUAACUAGCUUGGCCUGAUAAAACUUGUAGGGAAUCAGCAGUCAGUGGUCUUGUUGAGCAUGAAGGUAAAAGAGUCGCUGGAAAUGUGUGUCAUUAAUGUUCUUGUCCAGCCUUGGCUUGUCAGUCUAUCUGUCCCGUGCACCGACAGCAGGUCAGGCCUGAUUAGGCUAAGAGCGGAGUGUCUUCAGGACUUAGCUGUAAGCAUACUUAGGGCUAUAUCAAGAUGUGGGUCAGGGCAAGCCAGGAGCACUCGCGCACCGCCUCGCCAGAGUAUGGGGGAGGUUGCACACUGUUGUGGUAGCUGCCACAGUGUCCGGCGUGCGCAUGUAUGAGAGAGGCAGCCUGUAGGAGGAGGAAGGAGGAAAAAAAAAAAAAAGUGUGUGCUGAAGGAGAGCACUCAAGGGAGGGGGAAGGGGUCUGUGAGAUGUGGAGAGCAGUAGCUCAUGGAAAAAAAGACGGACAGCUUCGGAAAGGAAGGGAGGGAAUGAGACAGCAACGGAGAGCAGUGAGUUGAGGAGGGGAUAAAGGAGGAGGUGGGGGGAGGAUGCUGGGUGAUUUGCCUCAGCUGGCUCUAACAGGCUCCAGGCAGAUCCUGGUUCUUUAGUUGGCCAGUUACCUAGCAGCCUCCGCACAGACCAUCAGUGAUGACACAUGUCCAGAGGCAAAAAAGCCAGAAAAGUUUGAUAACCGUCGCGGCGCGUGUGUGUCCUUUCCUUGACGGCUUCAAUGUUGCUCAAAACUUAAAGGGGAACUGCACUUUUUUUUGUUUUUUUUGUUAGCCUAUCGUUCACAAUCGUUAUGAAAGACAUGAUGACAAAUUGACUUUUUUUAAUGCAAUCUAUGUUGUAACUAAGUGAACAUAAAUUAAAGUCCGCUUAUGCGUGGUCCUCUAUUACGCCCGUAAAACCCAACAAAUAACCAUCCAAAAAGAACAAUACCCCAUUUACAUUUUGUGACUUGAAUAUUAACCAAGUAUUAGUGAUAU